AGCAAAGCCAUGAGAGUUUAUGCUCAAAGUGGACAAUGUCAUACCAUUAUGGAGGGUCAUGAUUCCUAACAAUCUAGAUCGGAUCGAAACUUACACUAAUAGCACUAAUAGCACUGAUAGCAAUAUAUGCAAAUUUCUUACACUAACCAGAUAAUUUAGAUCAUUUGUGAAUGUAAUAUAUUUAUAACUUUUCAUGCACCUAUUUAAGUAUUUCGUUUUCUUUUUUCUAUUUUAUGUUGUUGAUAUCACUAAUGUCUAUCAUUGUAUACCACUUUUAUAUCUAUUAAUGAAAGGGUAAUAAUCAUAAAGGAAUUACUAUGCUGAUUGAAUUCGUUCAUCUUGAUUUCAAAAUUUAUGUAUACUAAAUUUGCUAUUGAGGUAGAUAGUAACAUAGGCAGCUGCCCCGGACUUAUUGCCCAAUCAUGAGGCCUCAUUAAUUCUUGCGAUCAUGUUGGAGUAUUGGCCGCUGGCGUCGGUGAUCCAACCAGGUAUGUACAAAAUUAUGGGCUGAUGAUCACACCGGCUUGUGUUUUCAUAAUUCUCAUGACCCACUUCGCACAAGUGGACAAAGGAUUGUCAUGUUGUUCCACAACCUUCGGUUCAAGUGCCAUAUCGUAUAGCCUUUUGAUGUUCCAAGUAAUCUAUCUUCAAUUCAUCCUCUUUUUUCUGUUUGAUUUACUGUUUCUUUUCCUUAUCUGUUGAGGGGGGUUUGGUUUGCUGGGGUUCUUUCUUCUUACAAGUUUCUUGUUAUCUUCAACAUAUCCUGACUAUUGAACUGUCAUCUGCAUGAAAACAAGAACUGAUUCUGCAGGAAUUGAGAAUUUCUUGGAACAAUUAGUAGACUACAUGUUUGUCAUUUCUCCUACAUCUUUGGUGGUUACUUUCAUUCACUUGGCUUUGAGCUAAAAUUUUGACUGAUACACCAGGUGUUAGUGGUAAGGAUGAGAAAUCAAGAACACUAGCGAACUCUCAAUCGAGAGAAAACACUCAUAAUUUGUUGAUUGGAAGUUUCAAAAAGUUCUUUAACACAGCCUCAAUAUGGCUGUUUAUAGUUUUACAAAGUUGAGAAUACCAGUUUCAAGACUCUCAAGAGUUCAUUGGACUCUGUAUUGAAGAGGUCGAUAGCUCGAGGUGGCACACUUGAUUGUUCAUCUAUUUCGAGAGGAGGGUACAAGGCAACAGCUAGAACUUCACUGCUUCACACCCAUAAGCCCUUAAUCCAUGGCUACCACGGUCGCAACCAUUGGAGCUGUUAAUAGAACAUCGUUAAACAACAGUAACUAUGGAGAUUUAGUUCCAAACUCUGCGUUUUUGGGCAGAAGGUUGAAGAAUUUCAGUUCCAGAUUCACCACCACCUCAAAUAUGGUGAUUGGAAACUUCAAGAUUGUUGCUGAGUAUGAUGAGGAGAAGCAGACCGAGAAGGACAAAUGGCGAGGCCUUGCUUUCGAUACAUCUGAUGACCAGCAAGACAUUGCCAGAGGGAAGGGAUUGGCAGAUCCUCUUUUUCAAGCUCCCAUGGGGACAGGAACUCACAAUGCUAUCAUGAGUUCAUAUGAAUACAUUAGCGCUGGACUUCGGCAAUACAACCUCGACAAUAAUGUGGAUGGAUUUUACAUAGCUCCAGCAUUCAUGGACAAACUUGUGGUUCACAUCGUCAAGAACUUCAUGAGCCUGCCAAACAUUAAGGUUCCUCUCAUUCUUGGUAUUUGGGGAGGUAAAGGUCAAGGAAAGUCUUUCCAGUGUGAACUUGUAUUUGCCAAGAUGGGAAUCAACCCUAUUAUGAUGAGUGCUGGGGAAUUAGAAAGUGGGAAUGCAGGAGAGCCUGCAAAAUUGAUCAGGCAAAGAUAUAGAGAGGCUGCUGAUCUCAUCAAGAAAGGGAAAAUGUGUUGCCUUUUAAUCAAUGAUCUUGAUGCUGGAGCUGGAAGGUUUGGUGGGACUACUCAGUACACGGUGAACAAUCAGAUGGUAAAUGCUACUCUUAUGAACAUUGCUGACAACCCAACAAAUGUGCAGCUUCCAGGCUUGUAUAACAAAGAAGAAAAUCCCAGAGUUCCCAUCAUAGUAACUGGUAAUGACUUCUCAACAUUAUACGCCCCCCUCAUUCGUGACGGUCGUAUGGAGAAGUUCUAUUGGGCUCCAACUCAUGAAGAUUGUAUUGGUAUUUGCACUGGAAUAUUUAGGACUGACGGUGUGCCUAUAGAGGACAUUGUCAAACUCGUCGACACCUUCCCGGGGCAGUCGAUCGACUUCUUUGGUGCUUUGAGAGCUCGAGUUUAUGAUGACGAAGUUAGAAAGUGGGCUGCCGGCGUUGGGGUUGAGAGAAUCGGAAAAAGUCUUGUUAACUCAAAGGAAGGUCCCCCAACUUUUGAUCAACCAAAAAUGACACUAGAAAAGCUUCUCGAAUAUGGCAACAUGCUCAUCAAGGAACAGGAGAAUGUGAAGAGAGUUAAACUGGCUGAGAAGUAUUUAAAAGAAGCUGCUCUUGGAGAUGCAAAUGAGGAUGUUCUUCAGUUCCAAACUUCUCUGGAUUCAAUGGGGAAAGAGCAACGCAACAGGUUAACAUCACUGUUCCUGAAGGCUGUGCAGAUUCAUCUGCUAAAAACUGAGUCCUAACAGCCAGAUGCGACAACAAAAGCUUCCGAAAGGUGGCUGAAAGACUGCAUUCUACAUUUCCAUGCUAUAAGCUAUAAGCCUAAUUCCUUCUUCAACUUCAAAAGAGUGGCUUCUAUCUCGUCGAUAUUCUCCUCGAUACUACUACUGCUCUUGUUGCCUUGAUUUCGAA